GUCUUUUUUGUUCUACUUUUCUCUCACUCUUGUUUUAGUGCAUCAGUGAUCGAUUCGCUGUUCUCCUGCACCAGCAAUAACCACUUGAGCAUAAAGCGCGGGGUCAAAUUCUUCAACCCCGCUUUGCUCUUUUUCUCUUUUUUUCUUCCUCCUACACCACCCAAAAAACCACCCUCAAGUUUUCCAGGCAGGCUCCGAGCCGCAAUACCGCCAAGAUGGUGAACUUCACAGUCGACGAGAUCCGGGCGCUGAUGGACAAGCCCACCAAUGUCCGAAACAUGUCCGUCAUUGCCCACGUCGAUCACGGCAAGUCCACCCUGACCGACUCCCUGCUGGCCAAGGCUGGUAUCAUUUCCACUGCCAAGGCUGGUGAGGCCCGAGCAACAGAUACUCGUGCCGACGAGCAGGAGCGUGGUAUCACCAUCAAGUCCACCGCCAUCUCCCUGUUCGGCCAGCUCGAGGACGAGGAGGACAUCAAGGACAUUGUCGGCCAGAAGACCGAUGGCCGUGACUUCCUGAUCAACCUGAUCGACUCCCCCGGUCACGUUGACUUCUCCUCCGAGGUCACUGCUGCUCUCCGUGUCACCGACGGUGCUCUCGUCGUCGUCGACACCGUCGAGGGUGUCUGCGUCCAGACCGAGACCGUGCUCCGACAGGCUCUCGGUGAGCGCAUCAAGCCUGUUGUCAUCAUCAACAAGGUCGACCGUGCUCUUCUCGAGCUUCAGAUUUCCAAGGAGGACCUGUACCAGUCCUUCUCCCGUACCAUUGAGUCCGUCAACGUCAUCAUCUCCACCUACCUCGACAAGUCCCUCGGCGACCUCCAGGUCUACCCCUACAAGGGCACCGUCGCCUUCGGUUCCGGUCUGCACGGCUGGGCCUUCACCGUCCGCCAGUUCGCCGUCCGCUACGCCAAGAAGUUUGGUGUUGACAAGAACAAGAUGAUGGAGCGUCUCUGGGGCGACAACUACUUCAACCCCCACACCAAGAAGUGGACCAAGAACGGCACCUACGAGGGCAAGCAGCUCGAGCGUGCCUUCAACCAGUUCAUCCUCGACCCCAUCUUCAAGAUCUUCUCCGCCGUCAUGAACUUCAAGAAGGACGAGAUCACCACCCUGCUCGAGAAGCUCAACCUCACCCUCACCCCCGAUGACCGUUCCAAGGAGGGCAAGCAGCUGCUCAAGGCCGUCAUGCGCACUUUCCUGCCCGCUGCCGACUCCCUGCUGGAGAUGAUGAUCCUCCACCUGCCCUCUCCCGUCACCGCCCAGAAGUACCGUGUCGAGACCCUGUACGAGGGUCCCAUGGACGACGAGGCCGCCAUUGGUAUCCGUGACUGCGACCCUAAGGGACCUCUCAUGCUCUACGUCUCCAAGAUGGUGCCCACCUCCGACAAGGGCCGCUUCUACGCCUUCGGUCGUGUCUUCUCCGGUAUCGUCCGCUCCGGCCUCAAGGUCCGCAUCCAGGGCCCCAACUACACCCCCGGCAAGAAGGAUGAUCUCUUCAUCAAGGCCAUCCAGCGUACCGUCCUCAUGAUGGGCGGCAAGGUCGAGCCCAUCGACGACAUGCCUGCCGGUAACAUUGUCGGUCUGGUCGGUAUCGACCAGUUCCUGCUCAAGUCCGGUACCCUGACCACCAGCGAGACCGCCCACAACCUCAAGGUCAUGAAGUUCUCCGUCUCGCCCGUCGUCCGACGCUCCGUCCAGGUCAAGAACGCCCAGGACCUGCCCAAGCUGGUCGAGGGUCUCAAGCGUCUGUCCAAGUCCGACCCUUGCGUCCUCAUCUCCACCUCCGAGUCCGGUGAGCACGUCGUUGCCGGUGCCGGUGAGCUGCAUCUUGAGAUUUGCUUGAACGACCUCGAGAACGACCACGCCGGUGUCCCCCUGAUCAUCUCCGACCCCGUCGUCCAGUACCGUGAGACCGUCCAGGCCAAGUCCAGCAUCACUGCCCUGUCCAAGUCCCCCAACAAGCACAACCGUCUCUACAUGGUUGCUGAGCCCAUGGACGAGGAGCUCGCCAACGCCAUCGAGAGCGGCAAGAUCGCCCCCCGUGACGAUUUCAAGGCUCGUGCCCGUGUCCUCGCUGACGACUUCGGCUGGGAUGUCACCGACGCCCGAAAGAUCUGGACCUUCGGCCCCGACGGCACCGGUGCCAACCUGCUCGUCGACCAGACCAAGGCCGUCCAGUACCUCAACGAAAUCAAGGACUCCGUCGUCUCUGGUUUCCAGUGGGCCACCCGUGAGGGUCCCAUUGCCGAGGAGCCCAUGCGUGCCAUCCGCUUCAACAUCCUCGAUGUUACUCUGCACGCUGAUGCUAUCCACCGUGGUGGUGGCCAGAUCAUCCCCACUGCUCGUCGUGUCCUGUACGCCUCUACUCUGCUGGCUGAGCCUGCUCUGCAGGAGCCCAUCUUCCUGGUCGAGAUUCAGGUCCCCGAGACUGCCAUGGGUGGUGUCUACGGUGUCCUGACCCGCCGUCGUGGUCACGUCUUCAACGAGGAGCAGCGUCCCGGCACUCCUCUUUUCAACAUCAAGGCCUACCUGCCCGUCCUCGAGUCCUUCGGCUUCAACGCUGAUCUGCGUCAAGCCACCUCCGGCCAGGCCUUCCCCCAGUCCGUCUUCGACCACUACCAGGUCCUGCCUGGUGGCUCUCCUCUUGACCCCACCUCCAAGGUCGGUGCUAUUGUCACCGAGAUGCGUAAGCGCAAGGGUAUCAAGGUUGAGGUUCCCGGUGUUGAGAACUACUAUGACAAGCUGUAAACGGCUCCCUUAUUCGCCGAUAGAAUCAUCAUUCGUGUCGAGAUGGGCACACCAUGUCAGCCAGCUGUUAGCGAAGAUCAAGAGUCACUGCUCGCAUCUUGAAGGGCUCGCCGCCCCGCUGAUUUGAAAACUGGACGGUUGACAAGAAGGAAAAAAAAUACCCGUUGAAAGAAAAAAAAAUAAGGGAAACCCCGUGGAUACUGGGCUGAGACCGUAAUCAAGGGAGGUCCAGCUUGGCGGCUUAUCAUGCAUGUAGUUAUGCCAGGGGAAGAAUGAAUGAAAUUUAUGAGACUUC